CUGCUCAUUCGUCUCUUCCGGAUAAGGCCGUACCAACGCGUUUUAUUUACUGCGGUGUAUAUAUUUUUAUCUCGUGUCAUGAUGUGCCAUAUUUUAUAACUGGGACAUUAUAACACGCUGUUUAUCUAACGGUUGACAAUUUAAUGUAAUUCGCAAAGACUCUUAUUGAACAAAGCGAGCAGCAGUAGCAUCCAGUCAUGGAGGAGACGAUAGUGGAAACACCAGAGGAGCGGAUGGCAAAGCAGCAUCGCAAGGAAAAGAAAGAUUUGCAAGCUAAAAUCCAGAGCAUGAAAAAUGCUGUCCCAAAAAAUGACAAGAAAAGGAGGAAACAGUUGACAGAGGAGAUUGCCAAGCUGGAGGCUGACCUCAGUCAAAAACAUGAGGCGGAACUCAGGCAACUUAAAUCUACAAAUGACACGAAGGCAGAGGAGGUGAUAAAUGGAGUCGAAACCAUGAAGAUGGAGGGUGGUGAACAAGACGAGGUCAAACAGCCACGAGUAACCAAAGCCCAGAAGAGAAGGGACAAGAAGGCUGCCCAGGAGAAGGAGAGGGAGAGCAGGAUAGCAGAGGCUGAGGUACAGAACCUGCAGGGUGUGAGGCACCAGGAGGGUUUGAAGCUGGCUCAGAAACUCGCCCAGCAACAGCUUCAGAUCAAAGAAAUUUCAUCUGACGGCCACUGCAUGUACCGUGCCAUUGAAGACCAGCUGUCACAACGAUCAAAGCCUGGGUUAACCAUGAGUGUAAAAGAACUGCGGUCCCAUACUGCUGAGCACAUGAGAAGCCAUGCUGAUGACUUCCUGCCUUUCCUCACCAACCCCAACACUGGUGACAUGUACUCAACAGGUAACACUGUUAUCUUUGCUUUGGUAAAACAUCAAUGGUAGCCAUAGAUAUUCCAU